CAGCUUUCAGCGGAAGUGACAAAAAAGUAGGAAGUUGAAGAUGGAGGCUGCAGUGUUCAUUCUGUCUUUAAUCGAUUGUUGUGCUUUAAUUUUUCUGUCAGUUUACUUUAUAAUUACUCUUUCUGAUCUAGAAUGUGAUUAUAUUAAUGCAAGAGCUUGCUGUUCCAAAUUAAACAAAUGGAUUGUGCCAGAAUUGGUUGGUCAGGCGAUAGCCACAGUUCUGAUGCUUGUUUCAUUGCAUUGGUUCAUCUUCCUUCUCAACCUGCCUGUUGCAUCCUGGAACGUCUACAGAUUUUUGAAGGUCCCAAUGGGUAAUAUGGGAGUGUUUGACCCUACAGAGAUUCACAAUCGAGGGCUGCUGAAAUCCCAUAUGAAGGAGGCCAUGAUCAAACUUGGCUUUCACCUGCUGUGUUUCUUCAUUUAUCUCUACAGUAUGAUCCUGGCAUUAAUAAAUGACUGACGCCCAAUUCACCUUUCAACUCCAGCUGCCAAAUCAUAAGUCGUCUGCUCUGUUGAGCUGCAAUCAAUCUCAGUGGUCUCUUUGUUCAUUAUGUUUUUACAUACACUGCCAUGCAAGAAUAAAAUAUCCCUGCAAAGUCAUUAGAAAUUGAAUUUGAAUAAUCCAUUCGUGUGUGGAACUUUUUGCAUAAGAAACACAGCUUUGUUUUGUGGUCACGACAGAGCUAAAGUGAAAACUGGACCCUGCAGUAAUAAAAAAAACUUGAUUGUGCCUAAUGUGGUUAAACUACUACUUGCUGCAUGAUUGUGGAGUUUAUUCUUUCAGAGCAGUGUGUAUACAACAGCCCUAAGUAACCUAUUACAUGCAUAACUUUGGUCAUGUUCUCAAAAAGAAGGACUUCCCUAGUUGGUACUUACGUGCUAUUUUUCCAGUGAUCAACCAUGACGUAUCCCCCGUCAGCAAUGUUUUGUCCAGUAAACAAGCUAUGUUUCUUUAAACCACCAUUACCUUACGAUCCAACCACUCUGGAGCUCAAUUUGUCCAGUUAAAUAACUGGGUCAGAAGCCAAUCUGAAUAAGGGCCUUAAGACUCUGUGACCCUUGUGGUUGGGGGCUGCUUCCACCCCUUCCUGACUACAUGCUGAGUGUUUUCCCAUGAGUUUACAUUGAUGAGGUUUAGUCAUCUGAGCCGAAGAACACAAAUCACAGACCGCAGAAGAGCUGUACCUGAAAAAGAGACUCAAAAAAACUAAUAAAACUCAUAAAGAAAAGCUGAAUUUCAUGAAUCACACACCAGAGAGGAGAUGCACAUAUUGUACAUUUGUUCAUAUGCCUACGAGGUGGUGGUGCAGUACUGUAGCACUUCUCUUUUCAAACAACAAUCAGAUUUACUUAUGCCAUGUUUGUAUUCAGCAAAUGUUGAUUUGAAAGCUGCAGUGUUUGUUGUACAAAGAUUUAUAAAAUAUUCAGACUUUGUAGAGUUGAUCUUUUAUUUUUUAAAAGCUUUUGAGACAUGCAAAUAUAAAUUUUGACUUUCUCCAAAUAAAAGGUUUUAAAGUUU